UGACUUCCGCCUCUAGACUGUGCUAGGCUUUGUCUUUCUCCCAGCGUGACCGCGAGCGAGUGACGUCACCUUCUUCACUAGCACUUUAUUAUUUGAUCGCGAGAAUAACGGUCUCACUUGGCACUUUCUCCUCCGUAUUCUUUAUUUACCGGUGAUUAAACAGAUAAAUCCAUAACCAUGUCUUUGUACCCAUCACUCGAAGACCUGAAGGUUGAUAGAGUCAUUCAGGCUCAAACUGCUUUUUCAGCCAACCCAGCCAACCCAGCAAUAUUAUCUGAAGCAUCAGACUCCGUACCUCAAGAUAGAGGCUUGUACCCUAGACUGUAUCCAGAGCUUGCUCAGUACAUGGGAUUACAACUGAGUGAGGAUGAAAUACACAAAAAUAUGUCUCUGGUUCCAUCUGAUGCGCGCCAGGUAGCGAGACCAUCAGCAAUGAAUAACAUGGUCGCCCCUGUGACUGGAAGUGAUGUUGGAAUCCGCAGAGCAGAAAUAAAACAAGGUGUUCGUGAAGUAAUAAUGUGUAAAGACCAGGAUGGAAAGAUUGGACUUCGUCUUAAAUCAAUUGACAAUGGAAUUUUUGUUCAGCUUGUACAAGCAAACUCUCCCGCAUCUUUGGUCGGUUUGAAAUUUGGAGAUCAAAUUUUGCAGAUAAACGGUGAAAACUGUGCUGGUUGGAGCUCUGACAAAUCUCAUAAAGUCUUGAAGCAAGCAGCUGGGGACAGAAUUUCUAUGGUUGUCCGAGACAGGCCUUUUGAACGAGCUAUCACAAUGCACAAGGACAGUACUGGACAUGUUGGAUUUAUUUUCAAAAAUGGUAAAAUAACUUCCAUUGUCAAAGAUGGUUCUGCUGCAAGGAAUGGUCUUCUCACUGAACAUAAUCUCUGUGAAAUAAAUGGACAGAAUGUUAUUGGAUUAAAGGAUUCCCAGGUUGCUGAUAUACUUGCAACGUCUGCAAAUGUGGUUACUCUUACCGUAAUGCCAUCCUAUAUCUAUGAUCAUAUGGUAAAAAGAAUGGCUUCAAGUGUUGUAAAGAGCUUAAUGGACCACUCUGUUCCUGAAGUUUAAGUGAAACCCUCCACAUAUUGCCUGUAUGUUGCAAUUGAGCUUGGAUGUGUUAAGCUGAACAGCUUUAUAGUGAUGUCAUCUUAGAGACCAGGUUGCAUGUUUGCAUUGUACAAAGCGGCUAGAAAUAUUUCAAUCAAGUCUGUUAGUAAUUCUUUACCUGUUAGAAAUUUUCUGUCACCUUUUUAGAGAAAAAUCUGCAACAUAGUGAUUUCUUUCUAUGACUGCAAAAGGCAUUUUUAAAAAUAAACUUAUACAAAGUGUUGUCAUAUUAUUCUACUGUGAUCCAAACUUAAAUUGUGCCAUUCAGUUCCAAUAGUUUUUGUUUUGCAAGUUUAGAAAUGUGUGCCUAAAAAUGCUGUCAUUUUAUUACAUGUACAGAACUAAUUCAUUCUAUUUUUAAAGCUGUAAUAAGAUUGCAUGUGUAUUGCGAUUUCCCUGAACCAUUUGGAAAAACUGCGUAAAAGCUCAUCAAAAUAUACACUUGAUGCUUAAGUGAUUCAAUUACAUAAUUCCAUAAAAUAUCACCAUAUUUGUCAAUCACUAGGUAUAGAAUACAUUUUUUUGCGCAUGUCAUAAAAUGUACGUUCUGUUAUUUGAUAUCAAAACUGCUUUAGUAAAUAAUUUUGUAAUACUUCAAAACUUAUAUUCCUAACCUUCAGCUCUGUAUAUUUUGUAUAUGAAUAAUGCUAACAAUAAAGAGACAACUAUUGAAAAUUAA